AUGGCGGAGUGCUUGGAUGGGAGAGCUGCAGAGGAUUUGAUUUUGUACGUGUGUGACUUACUUAAGUGCACGUGGAAAGGGGCCCGGCUGAGUGGUUCGGAGGACAUCGCUCUCAUUAAAGCUUCCCAUUUCUCCUUCCUGGCUGACCUGCUGAGAGAUGAGACUGACAACUACGAGUACUACGAUGAGUUUGGGCAAGAGGAUCAGGACCUCUCACUCCAGCAGCAAGCCUCGGAGGACCCUGACUGGUUCGAGGCAUUUUUUGGCUACAGCGACACAGAAAAAGCAGACCCAUGCUCCUCCAACCCUUGCAAGAACAACGGUAGGUGUGAAACCAGAGGAAGCAGCUUCAGCUGUCUCUGCUCCAAGCCAUAUACUGGGACUACCUGCGAGAAAGUGAAGGACAUGUGUUUGGAGAAGAGGUGCCAUGGAGGAGACUGUCUGAUUACAUUAACCCCACCUUAUUUUCAGUGCAGCUGCAGUCACCCCUACAAGACACCCGACUGCCAAAAAGCUUCUUCACCAUGCAGGCCAAACCCAUGCAAAAAUGGAGGUAGCUGCAAACGGCACAGAAUCAGAUCAAAAUUCACCUGCAAGUGCCCUGAACCUUUCAGAGGAAGAUUCUGUGAUAUCGGACCAGAUGAUUGCUAUGAAGAGGCCUCCCCUAACUACAGAGGAAGAGUGAACCAAGCAGUGAAUGGCAGGACCUGCCUGCACUGGAAUUCCCAUGCUCUCUUGGACUACCCUAUUAACGCCUUUAUGGAGGACGCUGACUCUUAUGGCAUCGGUGAACACAACUUCUGCAGGAAUCCCGAUGAGGAUGAAAAACCCUGGUGCUACAUCAGAAAAAAUCAAAAAGUGGAAUGGGACUACUGUGACAUUUCACCCUGCUCAGGAACAGCUGAAGAGAGCGCAUGGCCAACAGACAGCCCAAUAGACUCACCUGCAUCAAAUGAAAUAUUCAAAACGUGUGGACAACCAGAAAUUCAAAGCUCACUCAAGAGGAUCUAUGGUGGAGCUAAGACUACAGCGGGCAAACAUCCCUGGAUGGCAUCUCUGCAGAUUAAAACUUCAAAAACAAGCAGACAUCUCUGUGGUGGAGUGCUCAUUAAAGCAUGCUGGGUUCUCACUGCUGGGCACUGCAUUGAAGAGCCAGCAGAAAAUCUCCGAGUAGCCCUUGGAAAGCAAGACCUCAAGAAGAGAGAGCAUCACGAGCAAAUAUUUGAUGUGGAGAAGAUCAUUGUGCAUCACAAAUACAUAGAGAAGAAUGGUGUCCCACACAAUGAUAUUGCACUACUUAAACUGAAGCCAGUUGAUGGUCACUGUGCAGUGGAAACAAAGCAUGUGAAAACCACGUGCUUGCCUAACUUCUCCUUUCCUGCUGGGACUGACUGCUUCAUUUCUGGAUGGGGCGAGACAGAGACAGAUGAAACAUCUCGUCAGCUGUUAGAUGCCAGUGUCAAGCUGAUUUCACAGAGGAAAUGCAAUGCACCCAGAGCAUAUGAUCGCAUGCUGGAUGAAAGCAUGUUUUGUGCAGGAAAUCUUCAGAGAUCCGGAGUUGAUUCUUGUCAGGGAGACUCUGGAGGCCCACUAACCUGUGUAGAAAAUGGCUCCUACUACGUAUAUGGCCUUGUGAGCUGGGGUGAUGAGUGUGGGUUAAAAAACAAGCCAGGAGUUUAUACCCAUGUGACAACAUUUCUCAGCUGGAUUAAAUCCAAAACCCAGUCUCAGUCAAGGUCACUUCAUUAG